UGAUGUUUUGUGAACGUGAUCCAAUUUCGAUUAGGAUGGUUCAUUCUCCAGAAAAUUUAAAAAUGUAAACACGAGACUGCCGUUUACGAGCGCACUUUUUUACGAUUGUUUUUUGUAAGUUUUUAGUGAUGAAUACAGAUACAAAUAAGCAAUAAUAUAAGCAAAAUAUGGACAAAAGAAAGAAAGCCAAACUUCUAAAGAUUCGAGCGCUCCGCGAGGAAAGAGAGCGCCUUCGAGCGGAACUGAUGAAACAUGAGGAGCAACGGAUACAGCUGGCAAUAAGACAAACAGAUCUCAUGACGCAAUGGAAUUCGAUUUCCUCCACACAAUUCAACGCCAUUCGCCGACGAGAUGAGAUCAUCCAGCAGCUUCUAGUCGGGGAACCGACUCUGGCAACCGAUGAAGAAAGUAUCCGAUCGCUAGUCCUUCGGACUGCUGACAAAGCCGUCCAAACCGAACUUUGGUAGUCAUAAAAGAAAUUUGUUGAGUUUUAAUUUUUUUUUUUGCUCCUUACCUUGAUACUAUUUCGGCCAACUCGAAUGAUAAUUGAUCAAAAUGGUUCAUAUUUUGGUACAUAUUAGGUUUAAGCAUUUGAAUAGCUCGACCGAACGAAUCGGUCGUUAUGAUGUGAUCCCUUGUUCAAGUUCUUCAUUCGAAUUGGCGUUUGGUCUAGUUUAAGUUCUUUAUUCCCUUCAUAGUUUGGUAGUUUAAAAUGAAUUCGCAAUAAACAUUGACCAAAGUUAUCCAAUCGUUUUUUAAAGAUUUAUUUUUAUUAAAUCAAAA